CUUCCCAACAGUACGACGCUGAUCUAAGGAGCAGAAGACAUGGCUGUGGUUAGUGGAACUUACCGUAUGGUGUCGGAGGAGGAGCAGGCUCUCCGGGCCAAGCUGGAGCGUCUCACCGUCAAGGACCACGGGCCGGUGUACGGACCCUGCGACAGCCUGCCGGACCACACCAAGCAGAAGGCCAAGGACGAGCUGAACGAGACGGAUGAGAAGCGAGUGUCGGCGGUGAAGGAGCUGCAAGGAAUGAUGAAGGAGAAGGCUGAUGCAGGGGACGACCUCGCCAAGGGGGUGCAGGACACGUUUGGGGAGAAACCAGACAGUCUGCUGGUCCGCUUCAUCCGGGCCAGGAAGUACGACGUGCCCAGAGCCUACGACCUAAUGAAGGGCUACGUGCGUUUCAGGAAGGAUUACCCCGAGCUGUUUGAGAAUCUGACCCCGGAGGCCGUCCGCAGCACCAUCGAGGCCGGCUACCCCGGCAUCCUGCAGAGCAGAGACAAGUACGGCCGCGUGGUUCUGCUCUUCAACAUUGAGAACUGGGACUACGAGGAGAUCACGUUUGAUGAGAUCCUGCGUGCCUACUGUGAUCUGGAGAAGCUGCUUGAGAACGAGGAGACUCAGAUCAACGGGUUCUGCAUCAUUGAGAACUUCAAGGGCUUCACUAUGCAGCAGGCGUCAGGAAUCAAACCCACCGAGCUCAAGAAGAUGGUGGACAUGUUGCAGGAUUCAUUCCCUGCCCGUUUCAAAGCCGUGCACUUCAUCCACCAGCCCUGGUACUUCACCACCACCUACAAUGUGGUCAAACCACUCAUGAAGGGCAAGCUGCUAGAGAGAGUGUUCGUCCACGGAGACGAGCUUGAAAACUACUACAAGGAGUUUGACGCCGACAUCCUUCCCUCCGAGUUCGAUGGUAAAGGUUCCAAGUACGACGGCAAGGCCACGGCAGCCAGUCUGUUCGACUGAACCUCCACCUCGCUCCCUUUGCGCCAACCAGGCGGAGAGCCACAUCAUAUAUUACAAACCCCACAGAGUGUGGAGACUCAAAGCCCAAAUCUAGCUGCGUGGUUGUAGGAAGAAAAAGAAGAAGUUAUGAAUGAAAGUCUGUGAGAAGUUCAAGACAUGUUGUUUUCCAUAAGUCCUGACAAUAAUGCAUACUGUAAGUAUUAAGAUUUUGGACCUUCCCGGCUGUUUUGACGUUUACUUGUUGAAAGAAGCUCUAAAAAGACCAGAUUCACUAUAUGUUAUUUACUCCUGCACAAGCACGAGAGCUCAGAGCUGAACUGAAACCACCAACAAAGAAGAGUUUCCACGCUCACAACCGUCACUAAUCAGAGAGUAAUAGUGACCUCAUGUGCUCGGUGGGGAAUUCCCAGGAUUCAAGACUUUGCAAGUUGAUUUCCAUACCAAACUGAAAGGAAUGGAAGUCCGUGGCAGCGUCACUGUACAGUACACAUAACGUGUCUUUAGCAGGCGGAAAAUGCAAAUCAUUCAAAUACAACAAAGUCUUUAAAUGUUAUUUCACGAGUCAGAACACACAGGCUGACCCACGCUAAGCCUAAACGAGUGCUUUCUGCCUGGCUUUGUGCUUCGUUUGGCCCGUAGUUCACACACACAGCUCGUUCUGAGUCUCCACCCUCUGCCCCCUCGUCUCUCCGUGAAGGCUGAUAUUCCAACAAGUGCCUGUCUCUGCUGUGUUUAUUAGAUUGUUCUUCAGUAUGAAUAUUAUGAAGUUUUACCCAUCGUGCUACCUGGUGCACCAAUAAGAAUGUCAAUGC